AAAAUAAAAAGAAUAACGAUUUACGCGCGCGUUUUCGUAGAAGCCCCGUUUGUUUCGUUUGGCGGCUGUCGUUGGGCGUUUGGUGGGAGGGCAGACAGGGAAGAUUCUUAUUGUGGCCAAGGCGCAAGCGCCAGAGCCCAACACCCAAAAGAAGGGAGAAAACAAGUGAAAGGUGAAAAGUGUAAAAUUGAAUCAUCGUCGUCCCAGUGGCCAACAGAAGAAAACGAAAAAAUCCCACCAUUAAAUUUUGUGAAAAAUGGAGCAAAUUUGGCAGCAAGUCUGCUCCCAUUAUGAAGUGCCCGAACAGGUGGCCAGCGAGUGGUACACACGAAUCCAGCAACAAUUGAGCCAGGACUCACCCACACGAGCCUAUCACAACUGGCAAAAGAUGAUGCACCACAAAAUGGAGCAUCUGGCCGAAUGUGUUAAACGGCACAGAUUCAACAUUGUAUUGGCUGCCUUUUUCCAGUAUUACCAUUUCGAUGGCAAUCGUAGUUGUGUCCAACAGAACUGUGAGAUUUUCGAGGAAUUCUGCCAUGAUGCCCAGUUUGAGGAUGAACAGGGUAAGGCCAUAAUAUGCAAUCUCCUUGGACGUAGCAAGAACAAAGAGCACGAGCUAGAAAUGGAAUUAAUGUCUCAUUGUGUCUAUGAAGAGGAGGCCAAUAUGUUGCAGGACAUGGAUUUGGUCAUUUUAGCUGCACCUUUGGAGGAGUACAAACGUUAUACCAAACUAUUGCGCUUGGAAUAUACAAAUCUCGAUGAUGCCAACUAUAAAGCUAUGAGGGUUAAAGUUUUAGAAACUUUACUAAUGAUACCCAGCAUUUAUGCCACUGCCGAAUAUCAUGAAAAGUACGAGGAUUUGGCUCGCUCCAACAUACGCAAUGAAAUUGCCGAAUUGAAGCAGGAACAGUGAGGCAAAGCUUAGACAAAGAUUUAGUGCGAUUUUUAUGUUAUUUAUGCUGAACUACAGAACCUGAUACACCAAAAACUACAUGCAUACUUUGCAAAGGAUCAUUUGCUCCUUUUUACCAUGUCUCCUGCAAGUUCUAGAAAAAAAUUAUAAUCAAAAGCAGAAACUGGUAUCCUAUAGUUAGGUUUUACAUACGCCUAGUAUAAUACGUAAUAAGUCCUGUUGUCCAUGCAAUUUCCAAAAUAAACUUUAAUGUAUAUAUACUUAUAUACCUCGAAAAAACCUAUAUCCUAUUGUUUUAAUUGAAAAAAACCUUAAAGAUCUUUAAAUAAUUUUGAGGUAAGUAUAGAAAUAUCAGAUGAAAUUAAUCGAUUUA